AUGUCCACACCACGCAGAUGGCUUCUGGGCGUUCAUUCUCUACUCGCUAUUUUCUGUCUCAUCACACCGAGUGUUGCCAUUGAGGGAGAAUGGACGUUGUGGAGCGCAUGGUCGGAGUGCAGCGAGACUUGCGGCACGGGCACCGGCAACCGGACUCGCUUUCGCUUUUGUGUCGACUUUACUGAUACAGAUCCAGACCCCGAGUGUACAGCAGGAGAUGCACAUGAGACAGGUGCCUGCAACCCUGAUGUUCUAUGUUCAGUGUAUCCGACACUUUGUAUGUACGGGGACGGCUCUACCUACCGUGGAACAGUACAUACUACACAGUCUGGGCUGACAUGCCAACGCUGGGACAGUCAAUCACCGCACGAGCACAACACCAAUGUCACGGAUCCUCUCGCGGGACUAUACGAGAACUUCUGCAGGAACCCGGAUGGAUCGUCGCUACCCUGGUGCUACACCACGGACCCGGAUGUAACGAGAGACUUUUGCAAAAUUUCUACUUGCUUCGAUGAAUGCUACGACAUUGACGGAGCGAGUAAUUACCGGGGUACUGUGGACUUCUCCAAAUCGGGCCGAGCUUGCCAGCGUUGGGACAGUCAGACGCCUCACUCACAUACAGUGAAUAAUGAUUACUACCCCGAUGACGACUUGGUAGAGAACUACUGUAGACACCCCAAUGGCGACACUUACCUCUGGUGUUACACACAGGACCCAAGUCAGAGAUACGAAGAAUGUGCCAUUCCCCGAUGUGGUAUCUUCACCAAAUCGGGACGGGCAUGCCAGUACUGGGCCAGAGAAACUCCUCACACGCACGGUUCUCCUGGACUAUAUCCGAGCGCUGGCCUGGUGGAAAACUACUGCAGAAACCCGGAUGGUACAAGUUACCUUUGGUGUUAUACGGAGGACCCUGAUGUGAGAUAUGAAGAAUGCGUUAUUCCUCGAUGUGAUAACGAAUGGACGCGUUACGGUACUAACUACUUCCGAGUUUACGAUGAGGAGUCCAAGACUUACGCCGACGCCAAGGCCGUUUGUGCCGGCGAAGGCGCACUCCUGCCGAUCGUGAAAGACUCCGGAACGCGGGACUUUCUCGUCAACCUGAGAGACUCGUCUGGCAGUAGUUUCAACAUCUGGAUAGGUGUUACAGAUCUUGAAGAGGAGGGGGAAUUCGUCUGGGACGAUGGCAGUCCGCCGGGAUGGGAACCAGUUCCCAGCAGCAACGGUGAGAAUUGGGACUGCGCGAAACUGACGAGCAAUGAUGACGAUCCCCCAAAUAAGCUGGUGUCUGCAAACUGCACUGAUACAGAGUUUUACAUCUGCGAAAGAAUAACAAGACCGUGUUCUCCAAACCCAUGUAUCAACAACGGCACGUGUGUCGAGACUGUUCCGUCCGGCUUCCUUUGCAGAUGUGGAGAAAACUACAGCGGGACCUAUUGCGGUGCCAUUAACGGAGGCUGGUCGGCGUGGAGCGUAUGGGCGGAGUGCAGCCUGAGUUGUGGGACAGGCACCGGCAGCCAGGCUCGCACACGCAGCUGUGACAACCCCGAGCCCCAAUUCGGCGGGAAAAACUGUACAGGGGAUGCACAGGAGACGAGACCCUGCAACUCUGAUGUUCUAUGUUCAGUUAAUAAAACAGGUGGAAGCGUCGGUGCAGAUCAUCUACUGUAUCCGACACUCUGUAUGUACGGGGACGGCUCUACCUACCGUGGAACAGUACAUACCACACAGUCUGGCCUGACAUGCCAACGCUGGGACAGCCAAUCACCGCACGUACACAACACCAUCACCACGUAUCCUCUCGCGGGACUCGACGAGAACUACUGCAGGAACCCGGAUGGAUCGUCGCUACCUUGGUGUUACACCACGGACCCGGAUGUGACGAGAGACUUUUGCAAAGUUUCUUCUUGCUUCGAAGUCGAUGAAUGCUACGACAUUAAUGGAGCGAGUAAUUACCGGGGUACUGUGGACUUCUCCAAAUCGGGCCGAGCUUGCCAGCGUUGGGACAGUCAGACGCCUCACUCACACACAGUGAAUAAUGAUUACUACCCCGAUGACGACUUGGUAGAGAACUACUGUAGACACCCCAAUGGCGACACUUACCUCUGGUGUUACACACAGGACCCAAGUCAGAGAUACGAAGAAUGUGCCAUUCCCCGAUGUGUUAAUGGAACAGGUGGAAGUGUUGGUGAAGACCAUAUUGUUGUAGAUGAAUGCUACGAGGGUGACGGGGCCAGCUACAGGGGCACUGUAAGCUUCACCAAAUCGGGACGGGCUUGCCAGUACUGGGCCAGAGAAACUCCUCACACGCACGGUUCUCCUGGACUAUAUCCGAGCGCUGGCCUGGUGGAAAACUACUGCAGAAACCCGGAUGAUAACGAAUGGACGCGUUACGGUACUAACUACUUCCGAGUUUACGAUGAGGACUCCAAGACUUACGCCGACGCCAAGGCCGUUUGUGCCGGCGAAAGCGCACUCCUGCCGAUCGUGAAAGACUCCGGAACGCGGGAAUUUCUCGUCAACCUGAGAAACUCGUCUGGCAGUAGUUUCAACAUCUGGAUAGGUGUUACAGAUCUUGAAGAGGAGGGGGAAUUCGUCUGGGACGAUGGCAGUCCGCCGGGAUGGGAACCGGUUCCCAGCAGCAACGGUGAGAGUUGGGACUGCGCGAAACUGACGAGCAAUGAUGACGAUCCCCCAAAUCAGCUGGUAUGGGGUGAAAACAACAGCAACAACAACAACACCAACAACAGCCUCAUCUACUGUUGCAUCAACAGCGGCAACGACGAGUUCCACCUCAAUUUCAACGACAGUGUCUGGUACAGUCAAGCAAAGCAAGUCUGCAGAGACAACGGUGGAAAUCUGGCAAUGAUCACGAACUCGGAGAUUAGCAGUUUCAUGAAGACUCUAUCAACCGACCACAAGUGGUUUGGGUUAAGUGACGAGGGCACUGAGGGCCAGUUUGUGUGGGAGGACGGAACACGUCUGACAUCGACAGGGUUCACUGACUGGUACCCAGGCGAGCCAAACGGUGGAGAUACAAUCUACCCCGUUCGCUUUACCGUCGUUGUUGGGAUCCCGUGGAACGAGGAGUACAGAAACCCUGCUUCCAUGGCCUACCAAGAACUGGUGAACGACACGACUCAAUCAGUAUCCAAAGCCUUUGCGGCGAAUGCAGCGUUCCAUAGUGUUAUAGUACAUGAUAUCAGCCCAGGGUCCGUUGUGGUGAUUUUCAGUGUUCAGUUCAUCGGGGCUCGUCCAAACGAGACGGCCGUGCACGCAAAUAUGGCUUCGGCACUUGCGGAAUCCCUCUUAGUCGUAGCAGGCCACACCGUGAGCCAACUGAGCCUGGGAGGGGACAUAGACGAGUGUUCUAAUGGUUCGCACACGUGUUCACGGGACGAACUGUGCUUCAACACUGAAGGUUCCUACAGAUGUGCCCAGUGCUACCCAGACUUUACCGUACAAGGUGGAGCUGAAACGCCAGCCUCAGCCGUAACGAUCUUACGUAGGGUGGGUUUUUUCCUCCGAGCCGAAACAAACAUUAACUGUAAUGUUGAAUAUUCAGUUUCCUUCGCGUGGACAGUUUGGAGCGUGGAGGGAAGCGAUAUCAAACUGCUAAACACCACAAAAAAGCUUAGGACUUCCGCACAUGAAGUUGCAGUUCCGAAGAAUUUUCUCCCGCUGGGGCUGAACAUGCUGAAAGUCAUGGUUACAGUUUUGGAGAAGGAGUCAGGGCUUACACUGAACAGAACUCUUGAAAGGUGGGUGAGGAUCAUCUCCUCCCCGAUAGAGGCACAGAUUGCAGGAGGAUCGGCGAGAAGUGUCAGGUUUGGAUCAGCUAUAACGUUAGACGCUUCUGUAUCUUACGAUCCGGACAAUAUCGUCGAGGACUCAAGGUCAUUCAACUUCAGCUGGACCUGCAUGAUAGAAGAAGCGUCGACCUGUAACGAGGUGUUCAACGUCAGCACCGAGGCUGUCUACGUCAUCCCAUCCGGGAUAUUUCGACCGAACGACUCCAUCACCUUCACGGUAGAUGUGAGUUUCAUCGGACGGGUUUCCGGAGUGUACGCACAGGCCAUACAUCUAGGAGCUGAGGACCCCACUAUUUCUGUAAGAUGUAACAGCAACUGCAACAACCGCAUCAACCCGUCCAAGCGGCUGGCCCUGCAGGCCGUGUGUGAGAACUGUCUGCAGCAUGAACAGCUAGUCUACAACUGGACCUUACAACAAGCACCGCCUGGGUACAGACGGUCGAUUGUCAACUGGGAGACAGACACAACUACUGGGAACUCUUUACCAGACCUCGUUGUUCAAACCAAUAUCUUUACAAAACCAGGAGCCUAUGUCUUGAGGGUUGACGUGAGGAGAGCAGGGGGUGUUUCAAGGUUUGCCGAGUACCGGUUUGAACCGAACACCCCGCCCACAGCAGGAGUCUGUACAGUUAGUCCGGAGACCGGUGUCGCGAUGGUUGAUGAAUUUUCCGUCCAAUGCACAGGAUUUGCAGACAGCGACCUUCCCAUGACGUUCGCGUUCUUCUACAGCACAGGAGGACAGAGACUUGUCGCCAUCAACUCUACCGCGCAGGAUGAUGAUCUGUCCUUGUUCUACAGUGGAUUGGUGCCGUCUACCCUACCAAGACUUUUCCCGGUUGGUCUGCCGUCACGUGACUACAACGUCACCAUCGUGGUGAGGGCAUCAGAUGUACUUGGAGCUCAAACUAGUGUCAGCCUUGUGGUCAAGGUAUUUCCCCUUCCUGCAGAAGAGAAAUCCAGUGUCGCCACCCAGCUAACUGUUGGCGCGAACAGUACCCUGGGUAAACUGGUGCAGGGCGGGAACUUUCAGGCGGCAGUACAGAUCUCCAACAGUGUCAACUCCGUUCUGAACGCUGAUGCAGAAAACGCUACGAACCGGCUGCAGUACAAACAAAACGCCACACAGGUUCGUUCUUCCAUCAUCUCGUCUCUGUCAGAGUUCAAGGUACAGAGCGUGUCUUCGGUCAACAUCCUCGCCAAUGCACUAAGCCAGGCCACGGUGGUACAGGAGGAGGUGUCGACUGAUUCGCAGGUGACCGCCGCUGCAAGCUUGGUGAAUCUCGUAGAAGUCAUACAGAAUCAACCUGAAGACGAGCUGGGGAUUGAAGAAGCAGAGGAAUCGUCCGUCUUUCUAACCUCGGCCCUCGUGAAUGUCCUGAGAGCAUCUUCCUACUCAUCUGAAGAGGCCAAGAGCAGUCUGACAGGCAGUUCCAGGACGGACAGGCUUCAACAGACACAAGUCACAACAACCAAGGUAUUUGAAGCCUUGAACACGAUGAAUGACGUUGUUCUGAGCCGCAAGAGGCCGAACGAGAAGCCAACUCUCCUCCAACAGGACAACUUUGAGUUGUCCCUCCGGAAACAGACGUGCGACCAGAUGGGUUCACAAAUCGUCGCCACUACAGAAGCAAACGGCGGCUGGUUUCGGACGCCGAACGCGUCAAUCCUAUUCGGGGACAAUACGUGUAGUAAGCCGAUUGGCUCUGAGACUUACCAAACGACCAUAAACCCAUAUGAGUACGCUGGCGGCUCUGAGAGGAUCCAGUCGUCUGUUGGCGCUCUGAAAUACAAGAACGACGUUGGCGAGCUGACGGUGUCCAACCUGGAAAUACCCGUGGAGGUGGUUGUAAAGAGAAAGGAUACAGUACAAGUACAGACGGAACGGGGAAGGACCGGGCGGACAGGAACUAGCGUCAUGUCUAUACACAGCUUUAAUGUCACGGAGGAGGAAAAUUCCAUCCACGUUAUUGUCACGCCUGAUUUGAACUGGGUCCCGAUCCAACUGUAUCUUUGGCGCCACGAUGAACCAAUCAAAGGGCAGCAUGGUUGGAACGUCACUCUGCCCCUGUCGUCUGACCAGCUGUACUCGGUCCGGUGGUUGGACGGUGAAGAUAUCACUGCCGACCCUUACAGUUGGUUCUGGACACCGGAGGAGCUGGCAACAGGAGAAGGACAAACAUAUUUCUUGGGCGUGGAACACAUUCCGUUUAACCAAAGCGGUUUUGACCUGUACGACCUACGGGAUUUGGAGAACGGGACAUCAGAGGUGGAGUUUAGCUACAACGACGAGAACUUCACCCUUCCCUACACAGUAACAAUCCUGUCCACCAGAUGUCUGUUCUUUGAUGAUCAAAGCCACAGGUGGAAGUCAGACGGAUGUAGGAGUGGUCCACUGACGAGCGACCGCAUCACGCACUGUUUCUGUGACCACUUGACAGCCUUUGGGUCGGAUUUUCAGUUCUUUGUGGCUCCCAACUCUCUUAACAUCCUCAAAGCGUUGCAAGGAUUCAACAACAUCAGUGAAAACCCUGCAGUCGUGGUAACCAUUGCCGUCAUCGUUGGGAUCUAUUUACUGAUGGUUCUAUGGGCUAGAAGGGAGGACAGGAAGGAUGUAGAAAAGGUUGGAGCGACCGUUUUGGGCAGUUCUCCGGGCGACGGCUGCAGUGUGUACCAGGUUGUUGUGUUCACCGGUGCCAGGGCAAAUGCAGGAACAACCGCUAAGGUGUCAGCUAUGUUCUAUGGCAGUAACGGCGAGUCCGGCCCGCAUGACCUGGACGACCCCGGAAGGGUGACGUUUUGCACGGGAGGAGUAGACUUCUUUCUCGUGACAUGUGCAGACGGCAUGGGUCCCCUAGACUACAUCCAUAUCUGGCACGACAACUCUGGUGACGACCCGUCCUGGUUCCUGAGCAAAAUUAUUGUCACGGAGGUCAAAACAGACAACAAGUACUACUUUCUAUGCAACAAGUGGUUUGCUGUUGAAGAAGGGGAUGGGAAGGUUGAGCGCAUAUUUCCAGUCGCAUCAGACACGGAGAUGAAACGUUUUAAGACCAUCUUCUCGUCCAAGACCGGGACAGGAUUCCGUGAUGAUCAUCUGUGGUUCUCUGUGCUCGGCAGACCUGCAUACAGCAUGUUCAGCCGCGUGCAGCGUGUCUCCUGUUGUCUAUCGCUGCUGCUAUGCACCAUGCUGGCCAACAUCAUGUUCUUUGGUACUGGGGACACUUUCCAGAAGCCUCCUGCUGUGAACAUCUUCGGCUUUGACGUUCAGCUACCAAUCUCCUGGGGCGAGAUCAUGAUAGCCGUCGAGAGCGCACUGUUGGUGUUUCCUGUCAACCUGGCAAUCGUGCAGAUUUUCCGCCACUGUGGUGCCAGACCAGCCCAGCUGAAGGAAACUGAGCAGGAUCGUCGGACGGCAAAGAGCAAAGAACCCGGCACCUCAGAAGGCCAGAGUAGCAGUAUGAACUCGUCCACUGUCAGCUUGAUGAAGGAGUUCACCGAGGACGAUCGAGAUCUUAUACGAGAGAUAUUAACAUCUCAUAGGGCUCCAACUCAACUAAAGAGUCGGCCAUCCAUGAAGGAAAACCCACCGGGCUUGAAGGGACUCCGUUCAGGUGAUGGAUCGUAUGACGUCAAACGAGCAGACUCAGCUAAGACGAAGAAGAGGAAAAAGUCCCUCCUCCUCCCAUGGUGGUGUGUGUACAUAGGUUGGUUCUUGGUCUUCUCUUCGUGCUUCGUGUCGGCGUUCUUCACCGUCCUGUACGGGUUCGAGUACGGCAGACAAAAGGCGGAGGCCUGGCUUGUGACUUUCCUUACAUCGUUCUUUUUUGACCUCGUGAUCACGCAACCUUUCAAAAUCCUGCUGCUCGGACUAUUCUUUGCUCUCAUUAUCAAGAAAAUAGAUACGUCCGGGGAAGAUGUGGCACCGACGCCCAAACAAGAAGAUGAGGAAUAUUUGGCGCAGGAGAUAAAGGAAUUAGACAAAGGUACAAGAAGUAUGAGACCACGAGCCAAAGGGCCACCAGAUAACCAGGAACUGCUGAAGGCUCGACAACAACGUUUCCUGGAACUUAACCUGCGUUCGGCGCUGCGCGAGCUCUCAUUCUUCAUUGUCUACGUUUUCAUCCUGAUUGUGGUUGCCAAUGGAAACAGGGAUCUCUACAUGUACCACAUGACCAACAAUGUUAAAGAUGUGCUAGCUGUUCCUUUCAACAAGGUAACACAUCGACAAGAUUUUUGGACAUUCGUGAGGAACACAGUGCUUACCGAGCUGCAUUCGUCAGAGUGGUACAACGGGAGGACUAUAGACUCAGACAAGCGGGGUUUUCUUUCGGACUACAACUCCUACAUCGUCGGGCCCGCCAGACUCAGGCAGCUGCGUGUCAAACAAAAUGGUACCUGUGAGAUUCCAGCUGCCAUGGCUAAGAUGACAUUCACGUGCAACGGUGAGUACAGCUGGUGGAAAAAUGACGACAAGCACUACACACUUGGAUGGGGCGAGUGGAUUAGCUCUUCAACCGACAGGGUGAACGUCGCCAAUGUAUCUGAGGAGAUGAGACCUUGGGUGUACGACUCGAAAAGUCUUGCAUCUGCAAUGCCACGAUAUGGUUCACACGGGGUCUACUAUGGCGAAGGCUACAUCCUGGAACUACAGUCCAACGAUUCCCACUUCGCCCUGCAAACAAUUGAGGAUCUGGAGAGGAGGCAAUGGAUAGACUCUGCCACUCGGGCCAUUUUCCUCGAACUCAUCGUCUACAACCCGAACGCCAACCUGUUCUCUGUGGUCAGCCUUCUUGCGGAGUUCUCUACUCUGGGGAAGGUUUACACAAGCCAUGAGAUAACCACCGUUCGACUUUACUUGUACCAGACUACGUGGAGCUACGCUGUCCUUGCCUUUCAGAUUCUGUUCGUCCUCGUCACGUUUGUAUUCGUCUACAGAGAAGUGAACAGAAUACUGCUGAUGGGGACGGAGUACUUCCGUCUGUUUUGGAAUCUGGUGGAGCUUUGCGUGUGCCUGCUGUCUUUGGUGCAGAUUGGACUUCAACUGUACACCAUGUACAUUAUUCUGGACUUUAACAGGAACAAGGCUGGAACUACCAACGACAGAUCUUUCAGUAAAUACAGACAAGCAGCUAGUUGGGACCAGCUGAAUACCUACGUGCGAGCCUGGCUUGUCUGUGUGGCCACCCUUAAGCUCAUGCACCUGUUUCGUUUCAACAAACACGUAGAAAGAAGUGCCGGUACUUUAACCAGAUCCGCCAAACCACUACUAAACUACCUCGUUAUCUUCAUCAUCACCGUGUCGGCAUUUUGCAUGCUGACGUACCUUGUACUUGGUGCUUCGCUUGAAGGAUACAGCCCGUACAUAACCAACAUUGAAACGAUGCUGGGGGUGAUGCUUGGAGGCUUCGACUUCAAUGCACUAUCAGACGCUCACAGCUUCCUUGGACCUUCCAUUUUCUUUAGCUACCUGAUGUUUGUCAACUUCCUCCUACUGAUGAUCUUCUGUGCGAUUCUGGACAUGGCGUACCAUGAGGUCAUAGAGGAAGAAAGCGAAGACCAAACAUCGAAAAAUCAGAAGAUCACAGAGCUUGGAAUGAAACGAGCAGGUGAUGCUUACCAAAGAGCGAAGAACAAGAUAGAAAUAUUACUGAGCUGGAAGACGCAAGUCAAGACUGUUCGUGGAAAUACGCCGGCGUACACAAACGCGGGACUGAAAGGGGAUCUCUUGCAAGCAAGAAGGGAAGCACUCUCGUUCGUGAGGAGUAAGGAUUCCUUAGCAAAAGGAAUAGAAGGGUGUUACGAGAGCUCAGCUUUUGAUUCAGACCACGGAACUUCCAGGAAGAAUUCAUCAGACUUGUUUCACUUAGAAAGCGGCAAUAUUCCUGGGUACGGAUCACGAUAA